CGCCACCACACGCUGGCCGCCGCCCUGUGGGGACCCACAGCUGUGCCCUCCCGUGCAGGAUCCCACCUCAAGCGGGGCCUGAGCAAGGAGCCGGGUGAUGAAGGCUUUGCAGGCCUGGCUCGUGUGCCUGCUGCUGCUGGGCCUGGCCCUGAAGGGGGCCGCCGGCCAAGCCCACCAGCAUUCCAUGGAGAUCCGCACCCCCGACCUCGAUCCUGCCUGGUACACGGGCCGCAGAAUCAGGCCUGUGGGCCGCUUCGGCCGGAGGAGAGCGGCCCUGGGGGACGCAGCAAAGCCGAGUCUCUGGCACCAGCCCGCCUGCUUCCCUCUGCAAGGAGGCGCCCAGCCCGCCCAGGAUGGGUGACAGCCCAGCCCACGGAGGAGUAACUCCGGGAGCCAUCCCCCAGCCUCCUCCCCACCAUGGGCCACUUCCCCUUCGAUCCUAAUAAAAGCAGCUGU